AUGUGGAGUGAUGGCCAUAUGAGACAGGAAGAGCUGUUCAAUGGAGAUGAAGUGCAAGGAGGGCAGAUACUGAGAUUGAUGGCUCAGAGGUGCGACGAGCAUGGGUACUGGGCUCGAUGGCCCAAGGUUUCGUUUACAUUCCAUAGCAUUUUACUUGCAAUUACUUUACAACUGCAAUCGCCGAGGAUACAAGAUCUGACGAGCACGGAUACUGAGCCAAACGGCUCAAGGAAAAACAGAUGUGCGAGACGACACUCGAGUGACAUCCGAGCUGCCAUGAUGCGAGGAACUACGAAGAUCUACAAGGAAAUACAGCAGACCAUCAAGGAGAAGCUAUGUGACAUGAUACAGCAGUAUUACUACAAAUGGGACAUGUGUUCAGGACGAGCUGAAGGCUUAAAUCCAGCGACAGCAACAACAACGACAACGAGGCUUGAAGCAGAUUGGUGGCCAUGCAAGGCUAGAGCAGCUGUUCAAUGGGAGAAAGGCGUGACGAGUGCAGAUGUUGAGCCCUAUGGCUCAAGCUACGAUGUUUUAGGGAAAAUGGAUGUACACACCAAAGUAUGGGUGACAUCCAGGGAGAAGACUUUCCCACUGCUGGUCGAGAUCAAGGCUAUCGACACUGUUAUCAAGCAAGCUACACUCGAAUUUGACCCGCAGUCUACCCACCAUAUGACAUCAUCGAAGAAGCAAGGGAUUGAUAUACAGCAUGACAAAUAUGACAACUACGAGAUGCCUGAAGAGAAGUCAUCAAGGGAAUUUUAUGGACCUUGGCACAAGGAAUACAAGCCUUUACAAAGUAUUGACAAAUCUUCGAGCGAUGAUGCACCUAUGUUGGCAAAGGGAGAUGCUGUCUCUGUGUUGGAUAUUGUGCAGAGACAUCACAAAGCCCUGGGUCAUAUGGAAAAUGUCACAGACAAGCAGGACAUGUGGGAUAAUACCUUGCUGCAGCAGGGCACAAAAAACCCCUCCAUCUACUACAGGGACAGCAUUGAGGGCACCCAUGCUGUCAUCAACAUGGCUAUUGCAGCCAGUGUCCACAGGCACAUCCACAUGAGUUCUGCAAGCAUUGCAUUUGAUGGCAUUGACAUCAUGGACAUCAGGAUGUUUGGACCUGGAGACAGCCAAGUGAUUGGUGACAACAAUAUUCUGUUCAAUUAUACCUACAUUGGAAACAUUGCAUGCUUCAUUGUCCAUUUUCAAGUCAAUGAGCAGGUGUUCUUCAUCACAAAUGGAGAGCCAUUAUAUAUCUUAGAAGUUACAGGACUAUUUGACGAGUGUGAGCAAUGGCUGUUGAGCCCAAAGAUACAAGGACAACUCGGUAUAUACAAAGGAGUACAAGAACUGUCCAAGCAGCUAGGGUUCAAGAAUGGGAAGUGA